GUUCCAUAUUCUCUCUCCCUAGAAGGGAUCCAGUCAAACCAAUAUCUGUACAGUCUAAUACGUUCUCUUCCUAAUUAUGGUCAACGAGCAUACUCGCACUCGUCAUCCUGCCUCGCUUAUCGAUAUUUCUGCACACAAUCCUCAACUUGUUCGACUGAUGGGCUCACGCGUAAACAUGGACAUGAUCGACUACAUUGCUCGCCAAGCAGCAAAUGUAAUCUGUAUUGAGGGCGAGUCGCCUAUAAUUGCUUCAAGUGUGGCCAGCAUGCCUUCCCCGAACUGCGCGUAUGACUCCGUUGCUUCACUCCCGCUCAGAGAAUUUAUCGGUCAUCUUGUCCGACACGCUCAUGUUCAGGUGCCAACUCUCCUGGCCACUCUGAUUUAUCUUGAGCGUCUAAGAUCUAAGCUUCCGACCCUGACAAAAGGAACCACACCUUGUACGAGACAUCGAGUCUUCCUCGCUACUCUUGUAGUCGCAGCCAAAUAUCUCAACGAUUCUACGCUCAAGAACAAGCACUGGGCUCAAUAUGCUCUCUUUUUUACCAUUGAGGAAAUCACGCUCAUGGAAACUCAGCUGCUCGGUUUCCUCGACUACGACCUUCGUUUCGAUGAAGAAGAAGCAUGUCAUAUGUUUGCACCUUUCAUGGCAACACCAGCUCAGAGAGCAUCGACUCGGGCCCUGGCCGUUGACAGGGUUGUUAAGGCUGGGCGAGCAAGAGUACAGGCGCAGCAGAUACCAGAUUCUUCGGUUGAAUCAAUCCCACCUCAUCUUCCUUCUCAAAGCUCAUCAACUUCUUCGGGGCUCGCAUCAACAGUCCGCACACUUGCUAAACGUAUCUCAAACACACAUAUCUCAUCUUCACGGUCACAAUCAACUACUUCCACUGCUUCUUCGCCAAUGUAUACUUCACUCAGUACGACUUCUACGCUUUCUUCGUCGUCAUCAGAUGUUGGAUCGUUGAUAGAGGACUCUGGCUCUUCUUCUGGCUCUUCGUCAGGGUGGAACACAUCCGACUCCGAAUCAGAUCUAGAGGAAUAUGCCGAGCCUGAGGUCUACUCUAACUCUUCGAUGUCUUUGUAUCCUCGCGACGAACAGGUACCUGAACGUCUCAUCAAAUCUUCUUCAAUCGUCCGCUCCAUGCCCUCCUAUGCUCAGAAAAGCCAGCAACUUCGAUCGCGCAAGCCAUCCGAUGCGUCCUCGAUAUGUACCGUCACUCAAUCUCCUCUGAUCUCUGCCGCACACUCAAGACGAUGCUCGAAUAAACGCGCAGUUUCUAUCUCCGUCGCGGGUACUGAUCAUGUCAAAGACUCCGGUAUAUCAAGCAGCGCCACGAUGCCCAUUAUCUCCCGAGGGACCUCUGGAAACUUUCUGGCUAGAAUGUGGGGUGCAGCAAAAGGUCAAGCCUGGCAAGAUAAGACAUUAGACGAUGGCGACCAUGCAGAAAGCCAAGGAUCAAGUACACUCCGAAGGUUGGUACUCGUGCAUUCAAGAUCGGGUCUUUCUCGUGGAGCUUCUAGUUCCGGUGUUGACGUUUAAGGACGGAAGCUCUUCCCAUCACCUUGCCGUAUUUUGGCGCUCUUGAUUGCACGUAUUUGAUGAAUGUGAUUUACUGACAACAAUCUACUGGAUGUUUUCUCAAAGAGUUGAAUCUCGUGCAGGGACACUAUCCAUCAUUCAUUCACUCUCGUUCAUUCGCGGACUUUUUUUUUCGGCCUCGGGAAGUAGAGCCACUCUUUUUUGGUAUCAAUGGACUGGAUCGCUUUGCGUUGUAUGUUUCGACUUGGUACUUUUUAGCCUCCGUCUACGCAUCACUAGCUUUACUCAAUCUCUAUCGUACAUCACUAUAUGUAGAACAUGGCUAUCUACAUUGCUACACCCACAAUCAUUUAUGGCUAUGUAUAUGCAUUCCCAACACAGGAAGUAAGUUACAGAAAUUAUGCUAAACUUGCAUUGAAUAAACACC